AUGGUGAAGUCUAAACAAACCUGCAAGAAGUCCACCGGUGGCACUGCGCCCAAAAUUGCCUUGUUGUUGCCGGCAUCUACUGGAGCGGUCACUGUGCCGGGUGAGCUGAAUGUGAGAGAGCCGUCUGAACACAACGAGUUUUGUCUCAUCUGCAGAGACGGUUCUGUAGGGGAAGAUUGCCUCUUCCUCUGCAGCACCUGUCUGCGGGUGAUGUGUUCAAACUGCAUGAACAUCCCGCCUGCCAGUGCAUGCACGGUGCAGGCCGAUGACGUCACGUUCGUCUGCAUAUCUUGCCACGUUGGCAUGGAACGACACGGGCACGCAUCUCAGUUGCCCUAUUUUGGUUUUUACAGGAAGGGGCAACCACUCCUUCCUUCAUUCCUCCAAAUUCGCGCUACGUUGGAGGUUUCACUCCAUUCCCAACUGUCUUCGGCACCCACGCUCAUGCUCCAUCUCAUCCUCGUUGACCACGACGUCACCGGCGGCUGUUUUGAACUGGCCUCCAAAUUCCUUCGGCCGUACUUCCCCAGCAGAGGGUUUGAAUUUUGGUCCAUCGCGUUCGACAUCAGCAAUGCCUCAAAGAUCGACAAGUACCGGUUGCAGGCGACUGCCAUCGUCCAGUUGCUGAUGAGCUCCAACUGGGCUCGUGUCAUUGUCGCCAUCACUAACCACACCGACAACGAGAAUGGGGAUCCAUUUAUUGGGUACAAGGGCAACAAGAAGUUAUACAUUUCGGCACGUGUUCACUCUGUUCUCGAUGUUCUGCUUUCACCUUGGCAUCCCCUGAUUCAUGGUGCCGCGGAAUCAUACUUAUGGCUGUUUUCAUGUGGCACGCUCAUCAACAACGUCACUUCCUUUUCAGGCUUGCAACAGGCGGUCAUAGAUCAUCGCAUCACAGCCACUAUUGGCUUUAAUGCUUCCUACAAACUUGGGCGCCACACUGACGUGUUCUUGCUGAUGCCUGACAACUCAGGUUCAUUGGCCGUUACCAAGUUUGCCUGGACGCAUUCUGAACUUCGCCCUUGGAUAAACAUUGCAGGUUCCUCAUCUGUUGGAAAGCCUGUGGUGAGGAAGAUUCGGAGGGCCUUACUAGCUGCUCAAGACGAGCAAGAGGAACCCAUUGCCUUGCCUACUUCCUUGAAAAAGGCAAUAAAAGAAUACUAUGCCAAAAGUCUCAAAGACAAGGAAGAGGCAGACAAACGUGAGGCAGCGAGUCGCCAAAGAGAACCAUCUUUCUAUAAGAAACCCCUGUCUGAGUGGGACGUAGCACAGAAAUUAUUUAAGCAGGAGAUCGACUCAUAUGACAAGGCCCAACAACAGAGUAAAGGCUUGGAGUAUUCAAUCAAGUACCGCACUGGGAAUGCCAGGGAGUGGUUCAACAACAUGACACCUUCACAACAGCAGGAGGUCAAGUUUGCCAUGAAGAAAUGGAAUGAGGAGGGGGCACCAGAAGAAACUCAGGCAAUUUAUUCCAGUCUAACACUUUGGCUUGAGAUAUCGUAA